AUCAUCAUUGCGAGAUGAGAGCUUCCUCCAGCUACAUAGGAUCACAGGCUCAUCAGACCAGUGUGUUCUUGGGGUCUGGAAAAGAACUCAGUGCCAACAAUAUGCCCAAGCAAGUGGAAGUCCGGAUGCACGAGAGUCACCUGAGCUCAGACGAACCCAAACGCAGAAAUUUGUGCCUGAGGAUAUGGGAUAAUCUCGGGAAGAAUCUUCUGCUUUCUCUGACAGUAUCUGGCGUCAUCUUAGGAGCUGUAUGUGGAGGUCUUCUUCGCCUGGCGUCCCCCAUCCACCCCGAUGUGGUCAUGUUAAUAGCGUUCCCGGGAGACAUCCUCAUGAGGAUGCUGAAAAUGCUCAUCCUCCCUUUAAUCAUCUCCAGCUUGAUCACAGGUCUCUCCGGCUUGGAUGCUAAAGCCAGUGGCCGCCUGGGGACAAGAGCCAUGGUCUAUUACAUGUCUACCACCAUCAUCGCUGCUGUCCUAGGAGUCAUUUUGGUCUUAGCCAUCCACCCAGGGAACCCCAAACUGAAGAAGCAGCUGGGACCCGGGAAGAAGAAUGAUGAAGUGUCCAGCUUGGAUGCCUUCCUUGACCUUAUCCGAAACCUAUUUCCUGAAAACCUUGUCCAAGCAUGUUUUCAACAGAUCCAAACAGUGACCAAGAAAGUGAUGGCCACGCCCAAGCCCAGUGAGGAAGCCAAUGCCACCAGCUCCAUCAUCUCUCUGCUAAAUGACACGAAAACCGAGGCCCCUGAGGAAACCCAGCUGAUUAUUAAGAAAGGCUUGGAGUUCAAGGACGGGAUGAAUGUCUUAGGUCUGAUAGGUUUCUUCAUUGCUUUCGGCAUCGCCAUGGGGAAGAUGGGAGAGCAGGCCAAGCUGAUGGUUGAAUUUUUCAAUAUCCUGAAUGAAAUUGUCAUGAAAUUAGUGACCAUGAUCAUGUGGUAUUCUCCCCUGGGUAUCGCCUGCCUCAUCUGUGGGAAAAUCAUCGCCAUCAAGGACUUGGAAGUGGUCGCCAGGCAACUAGGGAUGUACAUGGUCACUGUGAUUGUGGGUCUCAUCAUCCACGGAGGCAUCUUCCUCCCUUUGCUUUACUUCGUGGUGACCAGGAAAAAUCCUUUCUCCUUUUUUGCUGGUAUUUUUCAGGCCUGGAUCACAGCCUUGGGCACAGCUUCCAGUGCUGGUACAUUGCCUGUCACUUUUCGUUGCCUGGAAGAAAAUCUGGGGAUUGAUAAGCGUGUGACCAGAUUUGUUCUCCCAGUUGGAGCAACCAUUAACAUGGAUGGGACAGCACUAUAUGAAGCCGUGGCAGCUAUCUUUAUCGCCCAGAUGAAUGGGGUAGUCCUGGAUGGCGGGCAGAUCGUAACUGUGAGCCUCACAGCCACCCUGGCCAGUGUUGGAGCCGCAAGCAUCCCCAGCGCCGGGCUGGUCACCAUGCUUCUCAUCCUAACGGCCGUGGGCCUCCCAACACAGGACAUCAGUCUGCUUGUUGCUGUUGACUGGCUCUUGGAUAGGAUGAGAACUUCAGUCAAUGUUGUAGGGGACUCCUUUGGGGCUGGCAUCGUCUACCACCUGUCUAAGGCUGAGCUGGACAGCAUUGAUUCACAGCACCGAGGGCAUGAAGACAUAGAAAUGACCAAGACUCAAUCAAUUUACGAUGACAUGAAAAACCAUAGGGAAAACAACUCAAAUCAGUGUGUUUACUCAGCACACAACUCUGUCAUAGUAGAUGAGUGCAAGGUCAUACUGGCAACCAAUGGAAAGUCAGCAGAUUGUCAUGGUGAGGAAGAACCCUGGAAGCGGGAUCACUAAAGCCCAGAAACAGACUCCGAGCUCCACCUUGAAUAAACUCUCCGAAGUUACCCAAUGGUAAAAGAUGAUGUAAAGAUUAAGCAAAAACAUUCUUUAAAAAAAGAUACAUAAAUAUGCUUACUUAAUUUGUUAACUGAGCCUAGGAGGAGGUGUCAUAAAGCAGCCUUUGUAAGCACAGGGCAAUGUCUUUGCCAAAUAACUGGCCGUAACCAUUUAACCCUCUCCGUUGUAUUACUGUUUGGAUGGAGGCAGCUGGAAGAAUCAGUUUGCAUUAGAGAUGCCCUCUCACUGGUGUCCCCCUGCACUCCAACUGUAGAAAGAAUGGAAACAUUCUUUCCACAGAGAAUGUGAAAAUGUGGUGAAGCCAGUGCGGGGAACUGCAGGGACUCAGGGCACAAGAAAAUUAGGAUGUGCUACUGACUUAAAGUAUUUUCAAUGUUUCCUCUUGGGAUGCACAAGAGAUACCACCAGCAAGCUUCAUCUAAUCGAAAAUCCUCUUCCAAGUUUUACACGUGCUUGACUCAAAGCAAGCACCUGCUUCUGUGAAUGCUGACCACUUGUCUUCCAGGUGCCCUUUAAAUUAAGUGUCUCCAAAAUCAUUUUAAAAAAAGACCUUAGAGGGAACUAGAUUCAAGAAGAUUGAUUCCAAACACUCUCAUCUUCUGCCCUCUGUAUCCCUCUAUCAAUAAAGUUUUUCAGAUCCAGAUCUCAUGAGUUCAUCCAUUUCUUGGAUGGAAUUUCCCACCACCUAUGCAGAAUGGCAAUUCAUCUGUAACUUAUAAUCUUAUAGAGUUGCUUGGAGCAUAGAGAGAUUAAACAAGUUGUCCCCUGUCACAUAAGCAAUAGGUGUCAGAGGCAAGACUCUAACCCAGGUCUUCCUGACUCCAAAGCUGGACUUCUAAGCCCUACACCAUGUUGACUCAUGUUCAUGAAUAACUACAGAAAUUUUUAAAAACCCAUAUAUUUCAUAGUUGCAACUCUCUCAUGGUAUAAGAUGCAGAAUAAGUGCCAAUGCACAUUGGUAAGCGACAUUUCCUCAGUAGAAUCUCUCCAUGCUCAUGAAGUCACAGAUCUGGACCUUCUUCCCUCCCCCCGCCCAAAGAACCCCUAGAAUAAUCUCUUACUGUGCCAUUCUAAUUGUAAGGUUUUUUUCCCUAUUGAAUAACUUAAUCAUUGAUUAAGAAAUAAUGUUUGCCCAGUGCUGCUGCAUAUAUUUAUCAAACGUUAAAGACAGUCAGUGUAAAUACUAACUAGCCUCGAGAAUAAGAUGAUUUGUUGAAAUCUGUUUUGCCUCCAACUGUGAUAAUGAAAUUUAUUGUAGCUGUUUGGCCUAUGUUUACAGUGGGCUUCAGUCUCCUCAUAUACAGUAGCAUUGUUUUAAUUUAAACAAGCAUUUAUUAGUUACCUACUUUGGGCAAGGCUCUAUUGUGCUAGAUAUUAGGAAUAUAGAGGCAAAAAUGAAAAAGUCCCUGACCUUAAGGAACUUACAUUCUCCUGAACUGAAGUUAUAAUUUAGGUUUCUACUGAAAUGGAAUUAUUCUUUGGGUUCCUAACAGUGGGGACACGGCGCCUAUUUUUUCCACAACAGUUCAAGAAAUCCAGGAUACACAACUAUACAAACCGACCAAAACCCCUUGCAGGGAAAGCCUUUGUAACCAUGUAGUAUUUAUAUAAUAUGAAAAGGGGUGGUAUACUUACACUGGAUGCCUAAAAAUCCACACAAGACACUUAAUUUAAAGAAAAGUCCAUCUU